AUGUCGGAUUUUUUAAACUCGUCGCCUUCUCGGCACAUCGAUCCGGAGCUCUACAACGACGGAAGACUGGGGAAUGACAAAGAAAAGUCUACAAGGGUGCUUCCUCCGCCUUCUGCUACAAAACAACUUCCUUCCAACAUCAGCGGAUAUUCACCAUUUAUUGCUAGAACCAUCUACAACGACCAGGUGAUCUCGUACAGCUCCACACCCACAUCAAAACUCAUUAACGGUGUUCUUGCCAACCUGGGGGCCGAUGGAGACUACGGACUGGGGCUCAAUUUGACGCCAUUUCUCACCCACAACCUAAAUGUUUAUGCCAAUUCCAACACUAAUAGCGCCGGCGCUCCUAGCAUGACACCCUUUUACGACAAAUCUCUUCAUCUCACGGAUUUUUUCAUCGAUACUCCCAUCAAACUGACCCCGUUCAAAGACGUGGGAACGAUUACUCCAUCCAAAUUCAAAUUUGGAAGCGACAAAAAGACGUUUAAACAGUCGAUAUUCCACGACCCUCGUAGCGCCCAGAAGCGGUCCAUCACAGAGCUCGACACUCCGCAACGCCACUCCAGUGUCGUCAUCAAAGACUUGGCCAAAGAGACCCCGUCUCGGCCUCCAUUGAAGGAAACGAACAAAACGGUUUUCAAUGCUCAGAACACCAACACAGACACAACCACUCCCAGUAAACGUUUGGUCGAGACCCCGAAAGCGCCAGCGCCAGUUUCGUCUCCUUCUACUCUCAUCAUGUCGAGUGCGGUGCGUUCUCCACCAGCUUCAGAAAAACGCCAAAAGACGGUUCCAGCCAGUCCUACGCCUCAAAAGACAGCGAUUGACGAGAGCUUGAAGCCUCGUAUGGGAGUAUUUUCCGAGAAAACCAAGCGACCUGAUUACCGGCCUCCGCUACAAAAGAAUAAGGUGAUGAAAAAUCGAUCACAGAUGCAAGCGGGAAUGAACAAAUUUCAAAUUGUAUUUACAGACGUCCAGUCGCUAGUGAGCAACAAGAAGAAAAAGCAAAAGAAGAAAAGGGACGAUAGCCCUGACGUGCACAACGCUCCCAUGCAACCAAUGUACAUGUAUCCACAAAAUCAUGUCAUUCACCAAGCGAGGCCUAUCCAGCCUCCACCACCUGCAUCGCUCCAGCCUGGAAUGUCUGACUCCAAGGAAAAUAGUGUCAAUAAUUCGAUGAACACCAGCCAUCUCAAUCUUUCCGCGAGCACAGACCACACCUCAUUUGAAAUUGCCGGCCAACACGCAUCCACCACCACUCCCAACGGCAAGUAUUUUCUCGACAAGGUGUUUGAGAAGCCAUCUCCAGCAAACCAUGGGCAAUACGUCAUGCAAGGGUACCACAACAUGCCCCCUCCACCAGCGGGAUCGAGGCCACCUACAUACCACGACAUGCAACAAGGACCGAUGGUGAUGAUGAUGAGCACUCCACAACACCAGAACGUGGUAAAUUACCCGGUACCUAAUAACGAGUCAUCUCCAGACGACGAAUACUUCUCUCAGAUGGUGCCUGUAAUGGGUGCCAAUGGCCAGCCCAUCCUCGUGCCCAUGCGGUACGAUGAGAAGCAGUCUUAA